AUCCACCAUCCUGCAGGAGAGCAAGGCCCUGCUGCGCUCGCAGACGGUGUCAGACCAGGCGGUGGCAGAGGCUCUGUGUGCCAUCAUGCUGCUGGAGGACAGCUCCCCACGCCAGGCCCUGGCUGACCUCCUGUUGGCCAGGAAACUGGCCAUCCAGCAGCUGCUCAACCAGCCCCACCACGGUGCAGGUAUCAAGGCUCAGGUGUGUUCCCUGAUGGAGCUGCUCACCACUACCCUGUACCAGGCUCAUGCUCUCUUCUACACCAUGCCUGAAGGGAUGGCAUCAGAUCCAGCCCUGCCCUGUGGCUUGCUCUUCUCCACCCUGGAGAGCACCACAGCCCAGCACCCUGCAGGGAGAGGAGGGGUGCUGGAGGAGGAUUGGAAGCUGAGCAGUUGGUUCAAGUACCUGCCCGAGUCCGUGGUGGAGUUCCAGCCCGCCCUGCGCACCCUGGCACACCCCAUCAGCCAAGAGCACCUCAGGGAGACCCUGCAGCAGUGGAUCAACAUGUGCAGCGAAGACAUCAGGGCUGGGGUCAGCAACCUGCUGGUGUACGUGAAGAGCAUGAAGGGGCUGGCAGGGAUCCGGGAUGCUGUGUGGGAGCUGCUCACCAGUGAGUCCAGCAGCCACAACUGGGAGGCUGUGUGCCAGCGCCUCCUGGGCAGGCCUGUGUCCUUCUGGGAGGACCUGCUGCAGCAGCUCUUCCUGGACAGGCUGCAGACUCUGACCAAAGAAGGCUUCGAGUCCAUCUCAAGCAGCUCCAAGCAGCUGCUCACUUUAGCCUUGCAGGAACUAGAAGUCAAAGCUGGUUCCUCAGCCCUGAGCAAGCAGAUCCAGCUGGAGCACAACGUGGCUCUGUUCCUGUGGUCGGAGAGCCCUGGGGACCUGCCCGCGGAUGCUGCCUGGGUCAGCGUGGCCCAGCGUGGGCCCUUCACCAGGGCUGGGCUGGCCAUGAAGGCACAGGCACUCACCCCCUGCGUGCAGAGUUUCUGCUCAGCCCUGGACAGCAAGCUGAAGGCCAUGCUGGAUGAUCUCCUGUCCUACCUCCCCACAGACUCAGUCUCCAAGGAGCAGCCACACUCGGCCUUUGACCGCUAUGCCGACGCCGGCACCGUGCGGGCACUGCUCCGUGCCCACUGUGUCUCCUGUGUCCAGCACAUCCUGGGCUGUGUGCAGGAGGAGCUCCAGAGUGCCCAGAGCCUGCUGGGGGGGCAGCUGGACCCCCCCAGCGAUGCCAAGCUCAACGCUGUGCUCUUCAUGGCAAGGCUGUGCCAGUCACUGAGUGAGCUGUGCCCUCACCUGCAGCAGUGUGUGCUGGGCCAGGCAGAGGUGGUGCUGAGGGACACACGUUCCACCAAGAAGCUGGGCAAGGGGAAAGCCCAGGAGGUGACCCCUGAGCAGGCCAAGUGGCAGGAGCUGAAGGCAGAGCUCUUGCAGCAGAGCCUGUUGGCUUACCAGAUCUGGAGCUCAGCUGUCACCAAAGCUCUGGUUCAGUGCUUCACCCACACAUUGCUGCUGGACACAGCUGGUUCUGUCCUGGCCACAGCCACCAACUGGGAUGAAAUUGAAAUCCAGGAGGAGACUGAGUCUGGAAGCAGUGUGACAUCCAAGAUCCGCCUGCCCGUGCAGCCUUCCUGGCACGUCCAGUGCCUCCUGUUCAGCCUGUGCCAGGAGGUGAACCGGGUUGGGGGUCACACUCUGCCCAAGGUCACCCUGCAGGAGCUGCUGAGGACCUGCAUGGCAGAGGUACUCACUGCCUAUGAGAAGCUCAUGGAGCAGAAGCAGGAGAAGAAGGUGGACACCUUCCCCCUGACCCAGAGCAGAGCUCUGCAGCUGCUUUACGACCUGAGGUACCUCAGCAUCAUCCUGACAGCAAAGAGUGAGGAGGGAAAGCCCAGCAGGAGCAAGCAUGACUCCAGGAUUGAGCAGGUGAUUGACUUCCUGGAGGGACACAUCGAUCCCUUUGACUUGGACGUUUUCACUCCACACCUGAACACCAACCUGAAUCGCCUGGUGCAGAGAACCUCGGUGCUCUUUGGUUUGCUGACAGGCACAGAGCAGCAGUACACGACCCGGAGUGGUGCUCUGAGCUCUCAGGAGCUCCACAACAUCCUGCCCUUAGCAUCCAGCCAGAUCAGGUUUGGCCUCCUGCCUCUGAGCAUGUCGAGCUCCCGAAGGGGCAGAGCUGCUGCCAGGAGCACAGAGCGAGCACAGGUUCCACCUGCUGUGGUGCCCAGAGAGGACGAGGGGUCACGGCCUGGGGCUCUGUUCAGGCAGUUUGUCACCGAGGAGGAGGACACAGCUGCACCUUCCCUCUUCAAGCUGGGAUGGCUGUCAGGCAUGGCCAAAUGA